CAUCGAUCAUGUCGCGACAGUAUAGUUUACGGUCUCAGGGUCCAUCUUCUCAUAACAUUUGCUCCAUCUGCUGGAGUAACUUGACAAACGGGCAAGGCCAAGCCAUCUUCACUGCCGAGUGCUCACACUCUUUCCACUACCAUUGCAUUGCCAACAAUGUCCAGCAUGGAAAUCUUUGCUGCCCUGCCUGCAGAGCAAAAUGGAAUAAAAAUAAUUUACCUUUCCAAGUUCCCCCUCUUCAACAAAAUAACAAGAGUAAACAUGGCUUCGCCGAUGAUGAACCUCUCUCGUCCGCCACACUCCUCAAAACUUCUGGCCCCCAGAAUGUAACAGUCAAGACUCAUACAGAGACCUCUGCUAUCUCUGCUGCCGAAUCACGCCCCCAUUAUCCUGUUCUAGUUAGCAUUUGUGCACCACCCCUUCAAGAUCCCGAUGGUGAAGGCCGUACACCCAUUGACCUUGUUACAAUUCUGGACGUAAGCGGUAGCAUGCUUGGCCAAAAGCUUGAACUUGUCAAGCAAGCUGUCAAAUUCGUCAUUGAAAACAUGGGGACUUCGGACAGACUGUCUAUAGUAUCAUUCUCAACAACUUCUAAACGACUCCUUCCUCUCCGUAGAAUGACUGUUAAGGGCCGUGAAAGUGCAAUCCAAGCUGUCGAAUCUCUUAGAGCAGAUGGUGGAACUGACAUUGCAGAAGGACUCAAGAUAGGAACUCAUAUCCUUGAGGAGCGAAGGGAAAGGAACCCUGUUGCUAGCAUCAUCCUCUUAUCGGAUGGCCAAGAUAACCACUGUGACAACCCAAGCCAAAUGUUGAAGAAAUUGCCUGCUUCAAUUCGUUCUAGUGACAUGCAACAUGAAAUCCCAGUCCACACAUUUGGGUUUGGCAACGACCAUGAUGCAAAGAUUAUGCAUGCUAUAUCUAAUGUAUCAGGGGGAACGUUUUCGUACAUUGAAUCAGUUGGCAUAAUACAAGACGCUUUUGCUCUGUGCAUUGGUGGUCUUCUCAGUGUUGUGGCUCAGGAACUUCGCUUCACGGUGAGGUCAGCAUCACCUGGGGUGAAGAUCGUGGAAAUACCAUCAGGGAGACAUGUCAGUCAGAUUUCUGAUGAGCAAGGUGUUGUUGAUGUUGGAAAUAUGUAUGCAGAAGAGGAGAAACAGUUUCUGGUGUACCUCUCAGUUCCACAAUCCGCAGCUCCAGAUACCAAGACGUCUUUGGUAGACGUUUUAUGCGUGUACAAAGAUCUUGGUUCAGAUGAGUUUAUCCCGGUCCAAGGUGAGAAAGUAGAGAUAACGAGACCUGAUUUUUGUUCUCCUGCAGAAAUGGCAGUGUCUUUGGAGGUUGAUCGGCAGCGGAACAGACUUUUGGUGGCUGAUGCUAUUGGAGAGGCACAAAGGUUGGCUGAAAUGGGCAAUCUGGAGGCUGCACGGGCGGUUUUGACUCAGCGAAGAGAAACUCUCAUGACAUCAACAGCAGCCAAAGCUGGGGAUGAUCUGAGUCAUAUGUUUGAAACUGAGCUUAAACAAAUCAUGGAUAAAAUGGCAAGUAUGAAUUUGUAUGAAGAGGUGGGGCGUGCUUACGCUCUCUCAGGGAUGAGUUCCCAUGCACGGCAGAGGGCCUCGGCUAGGGGUAACGCAGCAGGCUCGUGCCUGGCCGACAAGGCAGGUCGCAAACAACUUGCUACUAAAGCAGCGGGUCGUGCUACUUUUGAAACACCCGCUAUGGUUAGAAUGGUAAGAAAAUCACAGAAUAAGAGGAAGUCUGGUUCUAAAUAA